GCAAACAGAGAAUAAGACGAAGCUGAUUGGCGGGACGAGUAAAAUAAGUCUUAAUGGCGGAGCCUUGUGCUAUCGGAAGUGUAGUAAUGUGCUCUGUUUUCUGUGUCAGUAACUGGUGAAUACAUUUGAAUUGUGUGUUUUAUGUGUCAGUACAGGCUCUAAAUGGCCACGUUAGUUCUGGACAACGGAGCCUAUACGGCGAAAAUAGGAUACAGUCACGAGAAAGUCAGCGUCAUCCCAAACUGCCAGUUUCGCUCCAAGACGUCCAGAUUAAAAACCUUCACAGCCAAUCAGCUUGAUGAGAUCAAAGACCCGUCGGGUCUCUUUUACAUCCUCCCCUUCCAGAAGGGUUAUCUCGUCAACUGGGACGUCCAGAGGAAAGUGUGGGAUCAUCUGUUUGGAAAGGAGAUGUUUAAGGUGGAGUUCGCAGACACCAGCGUCAUCAUCACCGAGCCGUACUUCAACUUCACCUCCAUUCAGGAGUCGAUGAAUGAGAUCCUGUUCGAGGAGUACCAGUUCCAGUCGGCUCUCAGAAUAAACGCGGGUUCUCUCAGCGCUCAUCACUACUUCCACUCUAAACCCUCGGUGCUCUGCUGUUUGGUGGUGGACAGUGGCUUCUCCUUCACCCACAUCGCCCCCUACUGCCGCAGCAAGAAAAUGAAGGAGGGCAUCCGCAGGAUCAAUGUAGGAGGGAAGCUACUGACCAAUCACCUGAAGGAAAUCAUUUCAUAUCGCCAGUUACACGUCAUGGAUGAAACUCAUGUGAUCAACCAAGUGAAAGAAGACGUCUGCUACGUCUCCCAGCAGUUUUACAGCGACAUGGAAAUGGCACAGAUGAAGGGGGACGAAAACACUGCGAUGAGGGAUUAUGUUCUCCCAGAUUUCAGCUCCAUCAAAAAAGGCUUCUGCAAGCCACGAGAGGAGAUGGUCUUCAGUGGAAAGUACAAGACCGGAGAGCAGAUCCUGAGGUUGGCCAACGAGCGCUUUGCUGUUCCUGAGAUGCUCUUCCACCCGUCGGACAUCGGCAUCCAGGAGAUGGGCAUCCCAGAGGCCAUCGUGCACUCCAUCCAGUCCCUGCCAGAAGACAUGCAGCCACACUUCUACCAGAACAUCGUCCUGACUGGAGGAAACACUUUGUUUCCAGGCUUCAGAGAGCGGCUGGAGGCAGAGCUGCGCUCCCUCGCCCCCGCCCACCUCCCUGUGUCAGUCCUACUACCUGCAAAUCCGAUCUGUUAUUCAUGGGAAGGAGGGAAGCUGCUGGCCCACAAUCCGGACUACGACGAGAUCGUGGUGACCCGAGAGGACUACGAAGAGAACGGACAUUGUGUUUGUGAAGAAAAGUUUGAUAUUUGAGGUCUCUGCUGCAGACUCUUCUGCUUCGUCACGGACGUGAAAACAAACCUGCAUCUGCGAGAUGAGAGUCGGACGACCUGCCAGCUGAUGUUUAUGUCGCAGCUCUGAUUCACUUGGUGACGCUGCAAAGUGCAUUCAGACACGAGAGAAAUGAAAUGUUUUUCUCCAGCAGUUACGUUUUAUUUCAGUGUUAGAUUUUUAUACACGUGUCUGCGCUGAUUGUUCUUCUGACCUUUUUGUCAGAAGAAGAAGGUGCUGGAGCCAGCAGACGUUGUGGCCUCGAGCACUUCUGAAAUGACAUUUUAAGACAAAAAUGCUGGUAAUACUUGAGCAUUAACAUUUAAAUAAGAGCUGUCUCGUGUCUCUCCCGGUUUGUAAUCUUUGUUUUUGGCCACAUGCCAUUUAAAUCUGCCUUUACAAGA